GGUAGGAAUUAAACAUUUUGGCCUUGUCAACAGCACCACCCUAAAUGAACUUUCAACUAUAACACCUACAACUUCACCCUCUUUCUCUAAACACAUAACCCCCCUUAACAACCUAACAACUUCUGGACCU